AUGCAGGGUGCCAAGAGACCGGAUCUUGUCCGGCCUUAUACUCCACCUCCUCCCAUCCCUCAAGAGGAACUUCCUCCAGACUACAUGGCUCUUCUGUCUCUUCUCUUUGGUUUACUUGGACUUCUGCUUAAGUAUAAGAUUUGUUCCUGGCUAGCGCUGUAUGCUUGUCUCUCUUCUGUUGCCAACGUCAAGAAAUCUGAGGUCGACCUGAAACAGAUUGCUUCAAGCCUCAUAUUCGCGCUCAUGGGGCUCUCCAUGAAUUAUUUCAAGCACCAGCGCGAGCUUCCGGUGUAG